AUGCUGUUGAAUUACAGUUUUAGAAUAAGACUUACGAGUAGGGGUGUGUCACAAUUAUUUCUGUUGCUACGGACUCAAAAUUUGGUGAUUCUUGCGAUUUGUACAGUGUUAUUUGGUGUGUGUGGUGGAUAUCAGGAGCAAAAGUUUGCUAUGGAACCUCAGGAUCAGACGGCAGUAGUGGGAUCUCGAGUGACAUUACCAUGCAGGGUGGAGAACAAAGCAGGUCAGCUGCAAUGGACGAAAGAUGAUUUUGGACUCGGGCUACAUCGAGAACUGAGUGGCUACGACCGGUACAAGAUGAUUGGAAGCGAUGAAGAAGGAGAUUAUUCCUUGGACAUCAGAGACGUUACAUUGGAUGACGAUGCUAAAUAUCAGUGCCAAGUCAGCUCUGGAAUCAAAGGUGAACCGGCGAUUCGAUCGCGAUACGCACGACUCACCGUGUUGGUUCCCCCGGAGCCACCGCGCAUCGUCGAAGGCAAUUUCUUUUCAACGAUAGAGGAUAGAAAUAUCAAAUUGGAGUGUGUGUCUAUCGGUGGAAAACCGCCAGCUGAGAUUACAUGGGUUGAUAGCAAUGCUGGUGUUUUGACUCAAGGCGUCACUUAUAGUGUGGAGCCCAUGCCUGAUGGGCAACGGUUUACAGCCAGGUCAAUUAUAAAGAUGACUCCAAAACAGGAGCAUCACAACCAAACGUUUACCUGUCAAGCACAGAACACCGCUGACAGAGCGUACCGGGCUGCCAGCAUACAAAUAGAGGUCAAAUACGCACCAAAAGUAAAGAUGUACAUCAAGUCUAGUGCCAAUGGGAAGAUUCCAGAAGGAGAAGAUGUGAUUAUAGCGUGCAAAGCCGAUGCAAACCCAUCCAAUCUGACUUACAAGUGGUUUCUGAAUGAAAAACUUAUUGAGGGAAAUACCACUGAGUUGAAAAUCUACAACAUUACAAGAAAAUAUCAUGACGCGACCAUAAAAUGCGUCGUGUACAAUGACGUCGGUAACAGUGAAGAAAUAGAGACGCUUGAAAUAACUUAUGCCCCAACCUUCAGGAGUCUACCAAAGGACGUGGAAGCAGAAGUAGGAACCACAGUGACCCUCAGUUGUGAUGUCGACGGAUACCCACCUCCGGAGAUCAGGUGGCUACAUCAUGAAGAGGACCAGAUGAUUAGAGUGGGCAGAACAGCCAACCUGACUCUGACACUGGACACCCAUACCUCAGGGCGAUACCUGUGCAAGGCAAGCGUGGAUAGCUACCCUGAAAUAGAGGCUGAAGCUUCAGUUUUUAUUAAAGGUCCUCCGAAGAUAAUAUCAAAUCAGACUCAGUUUGGUUCUCAAGGCGACACAGUGAAUAUUGAAUGUGCAGCGUUCGCGGUGCCCAGGAUAGACAACAUAAUCUGGACGUUUGAUGGAAAAGAAAUCGACUCCAUACAUGAUCAGGACUACGCAUUUUUAGAAGAAUUACAAUCAGGAGGUGUUGUGAACUCGACGCUGAUCAUAAGAGAUAGUCAGUCCAAACAUUUUGGUGUCUACAAAUGUAAUGUCUCUAAUGACUACGGGAGUGACACCAUGGAAAUUAUAUUGAGACCUAACAAAACAUUCCCACUACUCUUAAUCCUAUUUGGAGUGACAUCAGGCACAAUAAUGGUAGCAGCAGUGACAAUGCUAGUAAUACUAUGUCAAAGAAAGCAGAGAAAGAACAAACAGACACAGGUGACUGAAAAACCUGACGUCACAGUAACAGCUGAAGAGCUGUACAAGGAAAACGACAGGAAUUCUAAUAUAAGUGAUUUGAAACUUGAACUGAGGCAGGCUAAUGGCAGCUGUGAAAUUGAUUACUCAAACACUGGAUCAGACAGCACAUUAUGUUCCAACGCUAAACUUGGUAGCGGUAUUCCGCUCGCAGGGACAGUGCCUCUAUCGUCCAUAAACCAACAGAACACAUACCAACCAUAUAGAUACAGCAACGACUAUACGGAUCCCGCGUACGCUGAUUGUUAUAAGGUGAACGGCUUUAACAAUGGUUACCAAACGUACGUGCAUUAUGGUCACGACUAUACUCCUGGAUCUUUGAGGGUUCAGUCACCUACAAUGAGCAGUGAGAAGUUGACUCCUAACAGGUCAGUCAACGGUAGCCUACCACGCAGCGUAGAUACUCCAUCAACAGUCCAGUUCAACACUGGCAAUGGGUCUCAGAACAACUCAUUGCAGAGAAAACAAAAGAGGCAAGACAGCAGCAAUGCCUUGAAUAACCUUGGACUGCCUACUCCGGAUGCGAAUCGAGUACCAAACGGUGGUAUCAUCCAUGGUGUCGAUGUUCGGUAUGCGGCCACCUAUGGCAACCCCCAUUUACGGACAGGGGGUGGUCUUGGGUUCGCUACCACGGUCAACACUGCUAAACCAGCGUCUACUCCUGCACCACCACCCUACUCCUCAGUAAGGAGUUCUGUGGUUUUACCUUCAGGUAACUCGUCACAUUCGAUAACGUCACCAACCAGUCUGGCGUCACCACAAUGUGCAACCAGCCCCAUUACCACUUCAACCAUGUCCACCGACAGCACGCAACCAGCGGUUGGGGUAGCCACCUCUUCGGCGACACCACAGUCGCCCAGCGCGCACUACAUAUUAGCACCAUCAAAUAGGACGAUAAGUAAUGCGACUGUUACCAAAAAAGGUAACGGGCAUCAACCCCCAUUAGCAACCCACGUAUAA